UCGCCAUAUUCCUACAGAGCCCGCAACAUCCUGCCUGGGAGCUGGCGAGAGCUGGUGGAGUGCAUGACAGGCAACGUACCCCAUCAUUUUCUGGUCGGAUAACCACCAGUUCGUUCCUGUUGUGAGAGCCCGCCACGAGACCUGCAUUGGCUUCCAUUUCCUGGAGUCAAUGGCUCUGCUACUCGGUCGCUCAACAAGAAGCCUGCCUGCCUGCUGCCUGCGCGAGCUUCGGCCUACUUCCGAAGCAGAUGGUCCCUGCUUUUCACGCCUCGGUCCUCAACACUCAUGUCUGCCACAGAGCAUGCUCUCGUCGUCCUCGUCGUCACCUGCGGUUGUGGUCGUCGGCUUCGGUUCCUGGAUGAAGGGAGGGCGCAGGAGCAGCAAUCCGGCUACAGCAUGCCCACCUCAGAAGACACAGCGGCCCCGCAAUGUUUGCUCUGUUCCAUUCCAGGGAGAGGGAGGGGGAGGGGCGGCCCAGGAAGCGAUUCCCAGAAGAAGAGCUGAGCUAUGUCUCCUCUUCUUCCGUGCCCCUGCGCUUACAUACACUCCGCUCGAAGAAACAACGAGCACUUCUACUCUCUCACACACAACACUCUCCUCUCUCUCUCUCUCUCUCUCACACUCACUCACUGCACUCUCGUCUUCUCUACCUCCCUCCCCGUGUCCUAGAAGCCUCCCGCUGGCUGCUUCCUGACUGCCCUCCACUCACGAUUCGCUGGAGCGCAGGGUGAUUAUAUAGAAUGGACAACGACUACGGAGCAGCAGCGGGGGGAAGAAAGAGAGUUGCGAGCGAGAGAGCGAGCGGGACCGACAUGCCCAAGCCCCAGCCAGCAUGGUUGGCCUGGCCUGGCCCUGGCUUUGGGCCUGGGCUUGGGCUUGGGCUUGGGCGGGGGCUGGGCUUGGGAAAGGGGCUAGGCUCGAGCACACACCAACAAACAUUUCUUCACUGCUCAGAUAAGAUUUUUACUGCAGCCAUCGAGUUGUACUGCGGUACCUCCGGUGGCAGCGCUGCCGCCCCUCCGUCGCUCCCUCGCAGCACAACGUGUCGAACAACAUUCCUCCCUCCCCUCGGAGGCGGGUGGGUCAGUCAACCGGGCCGUCAAACCGGGGCUGCUGCUGGCUCUGGGGCUCUCUGGGGCUCUGGGGCUCGGGAAUCGGGGGGUCGGGAGGGGGGCGGGGGAAGGGAUAGACAGAUGGAUGGCACUCAUGCUAAUUAUCAAGCCCCGGCAUAA